UAGCACAACGAAUACAAGAUAUAGACAAAUCGUGUCAAUAGAAAUUUUGACACUGUUAAUAACAUUGUCUGAAGAGCCGCCAUAAAUCAUGUUUCCCCCCUCACUAGCCUGCGGGACAUAUUUAUUCCAGCUGUAGAACAAAUAAUUUGUUGUUCUUCAGUUUGUGACGGCUCUGUCCGAACCCUCCGUAAUAUUGCAAACCAGGAAGUUGCAGCUUCCCAACGUCUGCGACGAGCUAGCUGGUAGUUUACGCAAUGAAAGAACUUAAACAUUGGAACACAUAAAAGACGGUGUUGUUAUUUAACAACGAAAUAGGUCAUUCGUGUGGGUGAGCAUCGUUAACAAUUUCAUUGUAACGAUUCGAGACCGGAAGGACUGCUAGCAAGCUUGUUGUUUAGCCAUCUGGCAGAAUUGUCGACAGCUAACAGUUAACGUUAGCAGGUGUUGUGAUGGCUGUGCCGCACAUACAGUUGUCCUUUGCAGUAAUUUUACUAUUAGUUCUGCUGUCGGGGUGUAACGCGAGGAAACACAAGCUCAGUCUAAAGAAUGAAAUACGGUCUGCCGUUGACCUCAACAACUUUGGUUUCUUCGCAAGUGGAACUCUAAAUGUGAGUCUGCUCUCCCUGUGGCUCAGUGACAGUGUGGACUACAGCACCUCCCCAGUUGGCUUCAGCCUGUCCAGGUCUCGAGUUAAUGGGGUGUUGUCGUACACAGCGGAGGAGACCGAGGAGUGCCCGCUCAAGGCGACGAAGACCACAAACGACGAACCUCUCAUUCUUUUUCUCAUUGACAGCAAGAAUCUGGGAGUCAACGUGAAGGCCUUUGGCGUUCAGGAUAACUACCUGAUUGCCAAACUCAAACCUGAAGAGAAAAAGGUUAGAAAGAGGGCUGAUGGCGAUGGAAAACCAGACGAUGCAAAUGGGAAGCCAUCAAACACAGACCCAAAACAAGGUAAAGAGAAACAAGAAACAGCAGCAAAUGAAAAUCCAAACCCUGCUGGGGAAGCUAAGAAAGUGAGCGAAACUAAAUUUAAGCUGAACAGUUCAGACGAGCGGAUUUUAGUCCUAGACGAAACGAAUGGCUCGUACAGCUUCAGCUUCAGUCUGGAAGUUGGCCCAAAGAAUCAGGGUCUGUACAACCUGAAGUUCCACUAUUGUCAGAACAGGGGGCCUGGAGUCAAGAAGCCUUACAACUUGACGGUGGACGUGGUAGAAAAGAACCCAGGAGGGAGCUACCUGUCUGCAGCCGAAAUCCCCUUGUCUCGUCUUUACAUCUGUAUGGCCGGAGUCUUCUUCACUGCUGCUAUGGUGUGGGUCUACACGCUCAUGAAGCACAGAUACAGCGUGUUUAAGAUCCACUGGCUGAUGGCUGCACUGGCAUUCACCAAGUCCACAUCUUUAGUUUUCCACAGUAUCAACUACCACUUUAUCAACAUCGAGGGUCAUCCUAGCGAAGGCUGGGCCGUCAUGUAUUAUAUCACACACCUGCUGAAGGGGGCGCUCUUGUUCAUCACUCUGGCACUGAUUGGGACGGGCUGGGCUUUCGUUAAAUACAUCCUCUCUGACAAAGAGAAGAAGAUCUUCAUGAUAGUCAUCCCUCUGCAGGUACUGGCGAAUGUUGCCUACAUCAUCAUCGAGUCGACAGAGGAAGGCUCCAGUGAGUACUAUCUGUGGAAGGAGAUCCUCUUUCUGGUGGACCUCAUCUGCUGCGGAGCCAUCCUGUUCCCCGUCGUGUGGUCCAUCCGUCACUUACAGGAGGCUUCCAGCACAGACGGGAAAGCUGCCAUGAACCUGGAGAAGCUCAAGCUGUUUAGGCAUUACUACGUCAUGAUCGUGUGCUACAUCUACUUCACGAGAAUCAUAGCCAUUUUACUGAAGAUCACAAUGCCCUUCCAGUGGCAGUGGUGUUAUGAGUUUCUGGUGGAAGUGUCCACUCUGAUCUUCUUCGUGCUGACCGGCUACAAGUUCCGACCGGCGUCCAACAACCCGUACCUGCAGCUGCCCCUGGAUGAAGAGGACGUGGAGAUGGAUGAAGUAGUGACCGAGUCGGGCGCUCUGGAGGGAAUCUCCAAAGUUAAGAAGACGUCUAACGGACGCGAGUGCCAGAAAGAGCCCGCUCUGUGAGCAGGAGGCUGCGUGGUUGGGAGGGACCAGCCCCGGGUCGGGGUGGGGGCUCAUAUGGACCAAGACCUCCCCCCCCCCACCACUUCCACUGACGGCUCUCUGUUCAAAACUCUUCAAGUGGUUGCAAAGCUCAUGCCCACUGUCUGGCUAUGCAAAACAUAAAAAACAACAAAAAAAAAAAGAUGGCUAACAUGACGGAGGUUGUCCAUUUUCUUUGGGGGUGCUCCACCCAAAACCUGAAGAGCUCCACAAGGGGUUUUUUUUUUUUUUCUGGACGGGUGGGGAAAUGGAACAGAGCUCUGAAAUUCUUUUUUUUUUUCUUCUCUGUUUUUCUCCAAAGCUUAUUAUUGAUAUUAUUAUUAUUAUUAUUAUUUUAGACAAAGACUUGGGUGUGUUUAUAUCGGCUAUUUAAAAACGGUACUCCUGCAUCCUGCAGGCUGCAUCUUUCUUUUUUUUUUUUUUUUCUGUAAAAUGGGAACCAACGUAAUAUGACAAAAAUCUAGAUUUUCCUCCUUUGGAUGCAAUAGCCCAUUCUCAGGUGAAAAAAAAAAAAAAAAAAAAAAAGGAAAAAUCGAUGUUAUCAUAGAGGAAACAGCGCUUCGUUUCCCACCAAUCACACUGCACCGUUCAUGUUUUGCUCAUUGAUUUUUAGGUUGGAAUAAUCAACAGCAGGAUAACUUUUUUUUCUUUUUUUUAAUUUAAUUUGUUUGGUUUCAGUACGUUGCUGUUUUUUGCAUAUUGAAAUGUUUACCAGUAUCAUUGUGUGUGUUGGAGGACGAGGCGUUUCCUCCCAGUGUGUCAUUUUGGAGUGCUGCUGUAAUUUAGUGCUUUAGUGGUUGACAAUAACCUGCUUAUUCCACCAUAUUGACUUGAGGACCUUUAAUUAAAGUGACAGUACGUUUAAAUCAGGCUCUAAAGUGACCAGAGCUGUGGCCAGCUGAGUCCACUUUACCCACUUUUGGUUUUUAACCCUUUUUUGGUCUUGAUGUGUAGACUUUGAUUAAUUCCAGUUGACUUAAGCAGCCGGACAGGGUAGAAGAUCAUUCAUUAAAAGGUGAUUUGUAAAUAUGACUGUUCAUACAAGAGACAGAUUACACUUUAUGAACUGCACAGUGUUUCAGGAUGGAUCAGUUUCAGUGAGAUUUUUGAAUCUUUUUUUUUUUUUUUUUUAAUUCCUUGAAUUGGACCCCAAUCACAUGAAAAGUGCGACUGAGAUUUAACCAGUCAUUCCUGGUUCACUCCUGGAUCUGCAGUGUUUCCACACAGGCAGUCCGUCUCCACCUGCCGGGAGUCCACAGGUAAACAGUCCGUACACAUUAACAGGAGUCGGAUAAAGAAGUCUUUUUUUUAAUUGCUACAGAAGGUUAAUGGAUGUAAGAAUUGCCACAAUAAAGUUGGAGUUUUUUGAAA